AUGGGAUGUGGCGCAGGGCUUGCUAUCCUCGGUCAUUACUAUCCUCCCUGCCCGCAACCAGAGUUAACAAUAGGCGCCCCCGACCACACUGACUACGAUUUCAUCACGAUUCUUCUACAAGAUCAUGUUGGUGGCUUUAAGAUCUUGUAUGAAAACCAAUGGAUCGAUGUUCAUCCUAAACAAGGAGCUCUUGUAGUAAAUGCUGGAGAUCUUUUACAGCUAGUUACAAAUGACAAGUUUGUGAGUUCACGACACAAGGUGGUUGCAAACAAGGUUGGUCCAAGAGUAUCAGUGGCAUCGUUCUUUAUGAGUGAGACCUUGCAAGUUAUUGAACCAAUCAAGGAGUUGCUUUCGAAAGAUAAUCCAGUCAAGUAUAGAGGCACAACAGCGAAAGAAUAUGUGGAUUACUACAGAGCAAAAGGAAUUGAUGGCACUUCUGCUCUUUUGCAUUUCAAGAUCUAG